CGGAGCCGAAGCGCUGAUUCGCAUCGAUUCCGAACGCGUAGCGAUUGCUUCUGUCUGUUGUUUAGGUACGGCGGCGGCAAGGAAACGGAGGGCCUGUGUCAACUCGGGUCGGGGUCUCGCUCUGUGCUAACUGCGACCCAGAGCAGAGCGGGCUAUGGGGGAGCCCGGCUCCUGGGCGCCGGGAGACGGCGCCGGUGGCCGGAGCUGGUGUUUGCGGCGGGUGGGGAUGGACGCCGAGUGGCUGCUGUUGGCGGAUGGAAACGAGGUGACUGUGGGGCGUGGAUUUGGUGUCACAUAUCACCUGGCAUCAAAAACGUGCCCUCUGAUGAUUUCCCGAAACCAUUGUGUUUUGAAGCAGAAUGCUGAGGGCCAGUGGACAAUUAUGGACAACAAGAGUCUAAAUGGUGUUUGGCUGAACAGAGAACGUCUAGAACCUUUAAAGUUCUAUCCUAUCCAUAAGGGAGAUCACAUCCAGCUUGGCGUACCUCUGGAAAAUAAGCAGAAUGCAGAGUAUGAAUAUGAAGUUACUGAAGAAGACUGGAAGAGGAUGUAUCCUUGUCUUGCCCCAGAGAGUGCCCAGUUCAUGAAAAAAAAUAAAGGCUUGAGAACUAAAAGAAAAUUUGGUUUGGAUGAACUAGAGGGUCCUGGAGCUGAAGGCCCCUCAAAUUUGAAAUCCAAAAUCAGUAAAGUAUCUUGUGGACCUGGUCAACCAGUCAAGUUACAUGUCAAAGGUGAAGAGGCUGAUCAACCCUUUGAAUAUUUGAAUCCUAAGCUGACUUCUUUUGAGCCAAGUGAGAAGACCACAGGGGCUCAUGUUUACCCUGGCUCUGCAAAAGUUGUAGAGCUUUGUUAUAAAAAACGGAAAGCCUCAAACCCUUCAGCAUCUCAGAGCAGCUCAAAGCUGUUUAAGGUGACCACGUCCAGGAUUCUGAAACUGAAAACACAAAUGCAAGAAAAACAGGUAGCUGUCCUGAAUGUGAAAAAGCAAGUCCAAGAAGGGAAUGCAAAGAAAAUUGUGAAAAUGGAGCGGGAACUGCAGUUUUUACGGUGCCAGCUGUGUGCAGAGCAGGCCCAUCAGCAGGCCAGCGUGGAGGAGCUGGAGAAGACUUUCCAGGAAGAGGAGCAGCAUUUCCAGGAUUUCACUUACCAGAAAGAGCAAAGAGAAGAGGACCUGAAGCAACAGCUGGCCCAAGCUCUGCAGGAGCAUCGGGCUCUAAUGGAAGAGCUAAAUCGCAGCAAGAAGGACUUUGAAGCAAUCGUUCAAGCCAAGAACAAAGAAUUGGAGCAGACUAAGGAAGAGAAGGAGAAGGUGCAAUCCGAGAAGGAAGAAGUUCUUAGCCACAUGAACGAUGUGCUAGAGAAUGAACUCCAGUGUAUUAUUUGCUCAGAAUACUUCAUUGAGGCUGUCACCUUGAACUGUGCCCAUAGUUUCUGCUCUUACUGUAUCAAGGAGUGGAUGAAGCGGAAGACAGAAUGUCCCAUUUGUCGGAAGAACAUCAAGUCCAAAACCCACUCCCUGGUUCUGGACAAUUGCAUUAAUAAGAUGGUAGAUAAUCUGAGUUCAGAAGUGAAAGAACGACGCAUUGUUCUCAUGAAGGAACGAAAAGCAAAGAGACUGUUCUGAAGACCAUGCUCCCAGGGAUUUGAAAAACUGCCAGACAAUGGGAGCUUGGGAUGGUCUGGAGAAUUCUCUGUGGAUGGGUCCUGGACCACUCUGAGACAGCGUGGGAUAAAGCCAUGUGGGACAGAGACUGAAUGAGGAAGUCCUGGGCACAAGCCUUCCAUGUCAGCCUCCCACUACCGUGUUGUCUGGCAGCAGCACUGACUUCUUUAGGGAACUUAGGAGACGCUGGUUCCCUCUAGGUUGAAUGGGUUAUGUAUUUCUGUUCUGUUUAUUAAACUUAUUAUUGUUGCUUUGUU